UAAAUUAAAGCAAAGUCAGCCUAGACAGAGCACAGUUUUGAAAACAAAAUGAAUCAUUGAAAAUAUUAUUUAUGAAAAUUAGUCAACUUGUUGGCAGUGGAAGGAGGAGCAGAUGUCCGAUGAGCAAAAGCUGACCAGCUUUAUGAAUAAGUAUGGUGUGCCCGAGGAGAUAGCACGUCAAUAUCUAACUGAGAACAAUUGGGCCCUGGAGCAGGCAGGCAAUCGAUAUGAGGCCGAUAAGGCCAAGGUGCCGAGCAGCUCGGGCAUUACGACCAUUACGACCCAGACAUUGCACUCACUCCAGAGCCUGUUGAGUCGUCAAACGCGUGCCAGGGAGGAUGAGCCCGAGGGCUACUUUGCCGGUGCCUCGGACAGCUCUCAUCAGCGUCUGGAUGCUCCGCAGAUGUCGAAGCGGGUGCAAAUUGAUGACUCAACUCCGGCACUGACCACAGUAGACAGUGAUCGCAGUCUGCGCACCUGGGGUCAUGGGGUUCGACUGGGCAGUGCUCAUCCUAUUAAUCCGCCGCCAGCACGCGAUGCUGAGCAGGAUACGGACUCGGAGCUGGAGGAGAACGAGCAUAUGGUUGUGGUGCUGCAUCUGUGGUCCGAGGGCUUCUCCCUAGACGACGGAUCACUGCGUCUCUACGAGGUGCCCGAGAACGAGCGCUUCCUGCGUGCCAUCAUGCGUGGUGAUUUCCCCUAUGAGAUGCAGGAGCUAGGCCAACGCAUCGAGCUCAGUGUUCAGGAUCACACAAAUGAGUCGUAUCGUCAAUUAUCUCGCAAACAAUUCAUGGGCUCGGGUCGUCCUCUGGGCACACCUGCGUCACCUCUUGACCCCGUCGCACAGUCAACCCCCGUGCAGUCGCCACAGGAGCUGCAGCAACAACAGGAACAGGCUGCCGAGCAGGCUUUGUCCCUGAAUGGACAGAUGAGGGUAACCACAAUACAAUUCCGUCUGGCCAAUGGAAGCCGCAUUGCCGCCAACUUUAAUUGCACCCACCAAGUCGCCGAUCUCUACAGAUAUGUGCGUAUAGCGAGACCUCAAUAUUCCAGUGAGAACUUUAUGCUCCUGACCGCAUUUCCCCGUCACCAACUCCUCGAGGACGACGCCCGUACCUUGGCCGAGGCGGAUCUGCUCAAUGUGGUGGUCAUCCAACACAUCAACGAGGACGCAGAACAGUUGACUGAGUGAAAUCUUUUAUAGCUGUUUGAAAAAUAUGUUAUAUCUAUUUGCUACAAAUUACCAAUAUAAUAUUGUGGUGCUCUGUCAAUAGCCUAAAA